AUGUUAACCGAAACUAUUACUGAUGAAGAGGAUGAAUUCGAAGAAGAAGGCCUUGAAGACCGAAUAUAUGGAAUUUCCGAUUUUGAUAGUUCUUCAUUAAGUGAAUUUACUAUGUUAUACAAAUCUGAACCUUACGAAGAACCUUUAAUGAGUUGGGAUUCAGAAGAUGACUAUUGGUAUAAGGACGUACAAUCCACUAUUUCUUCUUCUUCUGAUGACCUUAUUUCUUUUAUUACUAACGAUGAAAUUAAUAAAAAUAGUGAUGAUGAUGAAAUAUUGAUUAGUACCCUUCCACCUUUAAAUAAAAGUCAAAAUGAUUUUAAUAUGAGUUGUGGUGAUGAUUCAGCAAUUAUAUACGCCCUACAAGACCCUCGACAAGUGGUAUCAUUAUUGGCCGAGGAAGCUAAUAAACCUAUUAUUGACCUGUUUGAUUUUUAUUUUGAAAAAAGAGAUCCAAACGUUAGUUAUCAGAUUGAAAAUAUACCCAAGAGUUUAAAGAAAAUUUUGAGAAUUUUCUACAAGAGCAUCAACAUGGAUUUGCAUGGGAGUCCAAAGAAUUAG